AUGUUGGGAUUGGACGCACUGGGAGCAGAUGGUGAGGGGAUGGGAUUUGAGGGUUUGGCAGACGGUGAGGGGGAGUGGAGCUCUUUACUUGCAGAGCAGUUUGCACAGCAGCUCGGGGCAAUUGAUGAAACCGAUGGGGCUGGAGGGAGUGGGGUUGGUGUUGCAAAAGGCAAGGAGUCGGUGGAAGAACGGGAGAUGCCUUCAGAGGAAGAAAGCAGUGGAAGUAGAGAGACUUCAGACGGGGAACGGGCGAUGGAGGAGGGCGGGGCGAUGGAGAAGGGUACGAUGGAGACGAGGAUGGGAAUAGACGAGCGCUCGGCAGGUCAUGUUUCUCGUAACGAUAAGGUAUCAAUGGUGACUGGAGUGGGGGCAUCUAAUAAGCACUUCCAGCUGCCUAGCACCAAGCAUUUGCCCCGCGAGAGCAGUCCUUUGAACCAUGGAAAGCAAAACCCGGAAACUGAAGGGAUGGAGAGGCAGCUAGGAGUCUGGACUAUUUCUGAGGGUGAAAACGGCCGUGGUAGUCACAUGACGGCAAUGCAGCCAAGCCAACAGGCGGUGCCAUCUCAAGCAGGGAUGGAGGGGCGGGAAGUAGGCUGCACUACUUCUGAGGGUGAAAACGGUCGGUUUAGCUACAUGAUGGCAAUGCAGCCAAGCCACCAGGUGGUAACAUCGGAUCCAUCAUCCUCCCAAUGUCAUCAGCCAGGUCAACGGGGUCAACGGGGCGAGCAGGGUCAAGUGGUCCGAGGGGCAGGUGUGGCGGUGGGUGUGGCAGUAGCAGGUCCAUCCGGCCAUCUAGGCGUGGAGCAAAUUCAUGAUACAGUAGAAACCUCAGCACUGGCAGCAGGGCAGCACGCAGUGACAGGGGAGGAGGCAUUGGCAGAGCAGCAAGCGUUGGCUAGGCCGCAAACAGCAGGGCUGCCUGUCCCAAGCGAGGCACAAGCCGUUUCAUGGGGUUUCAGUGUUGAAGUGUCAGGGGGAUUUAUGACUCCUGGUGAGGAUGGUUCCCUGCAAGAAGCAAAAGAGGAGAUGGAGGUACCCAGAAUGGCAGGAUCAGCUUCAAGCAUGCCUUCAAGCAUGCCUUCAAGCUGGCAUGCUGAGGCGAUGCAGUAUGCACAUGCCACGAUGUCUCCUUUUGGGCCGUUUCAAGGGCGUGAUCCCAGCGCGUGGUGUGCUUUUACCAUGACCCGCAGAUCAUCAGUUGUUGUGAUUCCGCACGUGCGACAGCAUCGCGAGAGCCAACAGCAGCAGCAGCAGCAGCAGCAGCAGCAGCAGCAGCAGCAGCAGCAGCAGCAGCAGCAGCAGCAGCAACAGCAGCAGCAGCAGCAGCAGCAGCAGCAGCAGCAGCAGCAGCAGCAGCAGCAGCACGCAUCGAGCUUCCCAAGACGCAACUCUCUCAUUCUCAGCACUGGCAGGAGGGGAAAGGCAGCUGCACGUGGUGUGAGUGGUGUGAGUGAUGUGGGCAACAUAGGUGGUGUGAGUGGUGUGAGUGGUGUGAGUGGUGUGAGUGAUGUGGGCAACAUAGGUGGUGUGAGUGGUGUGAGUGAUGUGGGCAACAUAGGUGGUGUGAGUGGUGUGAGUGAUGUGGGCAACAUAGGUGGUGUGAGUGGUGUGAGUGGUGUGAGUGGUGUGAGUGGUGCAAGUGGUGUGAGUGGUGUGAGUGGUGUGUGA